AUGGCUAAUUUAGCUGAAAUCGUUGGCAACAUCAGAGCUUGUGUUAUUUCCAGUAAAGGACUUUCUCUGAAAACACUCUCUGGUCCCCUUGAAGAAUUCUUUCAACAAAUUCUAACAGGAGAAGAAGCAGUCAGAGAAAGAUGCUUGAAAUUUUUAGUUCACUAUGUCAAAAAACUGGACUCAGAUGUUUUCAACAAAGAAGCUGAAGAUUUGCUUAUUGCCGAGUGUAAGAAGGUUUUACAGGCUCAGUUGGUGUGGAAUGACCCUGAUGCGUUUGACAUGGUGAUGGAUCUGCUGGGACUGACUCACCUCGCCAAGUCGGUCGUAGGACAGCGGGAGUUGGUGGAGAUUGUAGCGGAACAAGUGCAACUGUCACAACUUUACAAUCCCGCAGACAAGGAGCAGGUCGACAAACUGCUCCAUGGACUCAAACGAGCUUUGCCCUUCUUCUCGGCCCAGGUAGAUUCACAGAAGUUUGUCGAGUACCUUUGUGAGCAGGUCCUUCCCACAAUGCCCGUCAUAUCAGCCUCAAAUAAGAACUCGGCGAAUCAUUCGGAAAUCUUCAAAUUGCUGGCCGAGUUAUGUAGUCAUUGCAACACAAUCUCCAACCCAGAGACCCAUACAGCCACAGUCUUGAAAAAACUUAUUGAGUACAUGCCACUGCCCUCCGCCUCAGACGACAUACCAGAGCCUAACCUGAAGUACUCGUACGUAGAGUGUCUCAUGUAUUCUCUAUACAAGCUGGCUCGACACUGCCCCGACAUCAUUACUAAAGACCCUGAGAAACUGGAAGACUUCUGGCUAAGGCUAAAAUAUUUUGCUGGAAGAAUCCAAGGAUAUAAGAAAAAAAAGCCAUCGACUUAG